ACAAAGCAAGCAAAACAAAACGUUGCUGAAUUGCCGCGGAACCGAAACAUUCAACUUUCCGUCGUCUUUCCCCGAUAUUUCGAUUCCCGUUUCGGGUUCCCAUUUUGGUUGCAGCUUGGGAAUAUUUGAUUCUGUUUGACGUGGGGAUGAUUCAACGGUCGAGAUUUUCUGGGCUUUUGGAGCACCGGCGGAUGGCGGUGGUGACGGUGGUAUUUCUUUUACUGUUUCAUCAGAAUCUGAGCCCGUGUUGGUCUCUCAACAUUGAAGGUGUGGCGUUGUUGAGGUUCAGGGACAGGGUGGUGACAGACCCUUUUGGGGCUUUGUCGAAUUGGAACAACAAUGGUGGAGAAGAUGACGAUCCUUGUUCGUGGUUCGGGGUCGAAUGCUCGGAUGGAAAAGUUAUCAUCUUGAAUUUGAAAGAUCUUUGUCUUGGAGGAACGUUGGCCCCUGAAUUAGGGAAGCUAGCUUACAUAAAAUCCAUUAUUUUGCGCAAUAAUUCGUUUACUGGAAACAUACCGAAAGAGAUUGCAGAGUUAAUGGAGCUGGAAGUUUUGGACUUGGGAUAUAACAACUUUACCGGACCUUUCCCAUCUGAUUUCAGCAAGAAUCCAUCUCUUACUACUCUUUUGCUUGACAAUAACAGAUUUCUUGGUUCCAUACCUGCCGAACUCCACCAAUUGGAGAUGCUUUCGGAAUGCCAGGUAGAUCAGGAUCAGCUAACAGAUGCUGCUUUUUGUAUGAGCAGAUCUAUCAGCUGGAGCACUGCCAAACCUGAAGAUGUAGCUUACCGUAGGCUGCAGCAGGUAGCAGAUGAAAAGGAGCCAUCUAGAUUCGGAAGGGCUAAAGAAAAUAAACGCAGAUCAUUAUCAACAUCAGCUUCUUCACCUUCCUCACCACCACUUCAUCAGCCUUCUUCACCAUCUCCACAGCCAUUUUCAGUCUCAUUGCCACCCUCAAUAUUUUCACCAUCACCAUCACCAUCACCAUCAUUAGAUUCCCCUUUACCAUCACCAUCGACAAAUUCUCCUUUGGCAUCUCCCCCAAGUAGUUUUCUUGCUCCUUCACCCUCACCUUCAGUAGCACCGACUCCUGCCUCUCCAGUCCCAAAAAAUCCCCCAACAACUAUUAUUCCACCUUCAGAGUCCAGUCCAGAGCCAAUUCCUUCCCCUUCUUUAAGUCCAAGUCAGGUGGCUCAAAGCAGCUCCAAUUCAAGGCAUCGUGUAGUUAUGAUAUGUGCAGGCGUUGUUGGAGGUUCGUUAUUGAUUUUCCUUUCAGUUGUUGGCAUUAUUGUGGCCCGAAGCACUAAAGUUGUUACCGUCAAGCCCUGGGUCACCGGCUUAAGUGGGCAGCUGCAGAAAGCAUUUGUAACAGGUGUACCAAAGCUGAACCGAUCAGAACUUGAGGCAGCUUGUGAAGAUUUCAGUAAUGUAAUUGGAACCCUCUCAGAUGGCAACGUUUAUAAGGGAACUCUUUCAAGUGGGGUUGAAAUAGCUGUGACAUCAAUCACAAUGGAAUCUUCUGCAGACUGGACUAAAAAUUUGGAGACUCAGUUUAGAAAGAAGAUAGAAACAUUGUCCAAAGUGAACCACAAGAACUUUGUAAACCUUAUUGGGUUUUGUGAAGAAGAGAAACCAUUCACAAGAAUGAUGGUUUUCGAGUAUGCUCCAAAUGGAACACUUUUUGAGCAUCUACACAUAAAAGAAGCUGAGCACCUGGACUGGGGAAUGAGACUACGAAUAGCCAUGGGGAUGGCAUAUUGUCUAGAGUAUAUGCACCAGCUGACUCCACCUUUAGUACAGAAGAACUUGCAAUCAUCUUCUGUCUACCUGACUGAAGACUACGCGGCCAAAAUAUCCGAUUUUACCUUCUUGAAUGAAGUGACAGCAGCGAAGAUGGGACCCGUUAACAAGAAGCUUCGUGAUUCCAUGUCCAUGGAUCCAGAAAGCAAUGUCUACAGCUUUGGAGUAAUAUUGUUUGAAAUGAUCACUGGUAGGAUUCCAUACUCCGUGGAAAACGGUUCUCUUGAAGACUGGGCGUCUCACUAUCUAAAAGGAGAUAAAUCCUUAAGAGAAAUAAUGGAUCCUACCCUAAACUCUUACCAAGAAGAAGAGCUAACCAAAUUAUUUCGAGUGAUAAAGGAUUGCGUCCAUCCUGACCCUAAACAGAGACCGACAAUGACAGAGAUCACGGGCAGGUUAAAGGAAAUCACAGCCAUGGGACCUGACGCAGCCACACCGAAACUAUCACCACUUUGGUGGGCAGAGCUUGAAAUUAUGUCAGCAGAAGGAAGUUGAUCAUGAAAUCUAUUUAAUUUUGUGUGAGUUUUAUUCUUUUACCUGAUUUUGCCAUUGAUUUAUAGCAGCAGGAUGCAAAUAGAAUAUAUAUAUGAUUGUGUUGUAUUGUAUCUAACUAAGUUAGAGGUAUUGUGUUGUAAAUAACUGAGAAAGCGAGAUUUUUAAGCUUGUAUACCCGAAAAUAUACGUCUGAGAUCAAUAAAAUUCAACUUUCUGAGUAGAAA